CCUAUUGUAUAUCGACACCGUGACGUAUAAGGAAGAGCACAGAAGAAAAACGGGACACUGGGGACAAACUAUUCACUCGCACAAUGGCAGCUUCGAGGAAAGUGGGAUCUUUGCGCCUGCCUCCCCUGCCGUCGGUGGGUGAGCUGAUAAAGCUGUACAACCUGAGAGCAGAGAAGCAGCUUUCCCAGAACUUUCUGCUGGACUUGAAGCUCACAGACAAGAUUGUUCGCCAGGCUGGCAGUUUAAGGGGUGCCCACGUCUGUGAGGUGGGUCCCGGUCCCGGUGGUCUCACCCGCUCCAUUCUUAAUGCGGAAGCGGCAGAUGUGCUAGCUGUGGAGAAAGAUUCACGCUUCAUCCCUGGACUGAAGCUUUUGUCUGAGGCAGCACCAGGCAGGCUGAGGAUUGUUCAUGGGGACAUUCUCACCUACAGGAUGGAUCGAGGAUUCCCAGCAGCUAUCUCAAAGCCUUGGGAGGAAGACCCACCAAACCUUCACAUCAUUGGGAACCUACCAUUCAGUGUCUCAACCCCGCUCAUCAUCAAAUGGCUGGAAAAUAUAGCGGACAGGACAGGGCCGUUCGCCUUCGGACGCACCCGACUCACCCUCACGUUCCAGAAAGAGGUGGCAGAGAGGUUGACAGCCAGCACCGGCAGCAAACAGAGAAGUCGUCUGUCCAUCAUGGCUCAGUAUCUCUGCACCGUCCACCAGUGCUUCGUCAUCCCUGGGCGAGCAUUUGUUCCCAAGCCAGAGGUGGACGUGGGAGUAGUUCACUUCACCCCUCUGGUCGAGCCUCAGAUUCAACGGCCCUUCAAGCUGGUGGAGAAAGUCGUCAGGAACGUUUUCCAGUUCCGUCGGAAGCACUGCCAUAAAGGAGUGGAAAAGCUGUUUCCCGAGGCAUGCCGCUCAGAGCUCACGCAGGAGAUUAUGCAGAAGGCAGACGUGGACCCUGUUCUGCGCCCAACUGAGCUCACCAUACACCAUAUAAGGGCCUUAACUGAUGCCUACGCUCACCUCUGCACCAAUGACCCCAGCCUGUUUACCUAUGACUUCAGAGAAGAACUCAGACUGAGGCACCUAAGGAGGAACCAACACACUCCAGUGGAUUCAUUUAAGGAGAUGCCCAGUGCUCCACAACCUUGCUGAAAACAAGCCUGAAAACCAAAAGGAACCCACUAAUAGCCCCUGUUAGCACCGAAAGACAACACAUUGCUCUUAGCCUUGACAUUUCCACCUGGCAUAGACAUGCAUUUUUAAACAAUCUCUCUGCACACAGGGAGAAAUAAGUCAUUUGGAACACAUGAAUGGUGUAGAAGCACUAUUUUCCUUCCAUGCAUUUCUGGAGAGAGAAAGAAAGCAGCUAGUUACCCACAGUAGCUCCUAGCGAGUAAGUAUCUCUUUAUGUCCAAUUUCUUUCUUCAUUUCUAUCUAACACCUUGUCCUGUGGGAGCUGAAGGAAAUGUCAGUGCUUUCAGGGUGAUUUAGAGAACGGGAACAUGGCAGCUCCACAUCCAGGACAUUUUUUUUUUCCCCUUCAAGUGUGUAUUGCUCCGUCACUUGGGAGACGGAGCUUAAAGGGCUGCAGAAAUUGCUGUGAAUUUGUCAGCUCAAAUAAAAAAAACCUGACAACAUAAGGAUCAGAACCCAAAUAAAAAAAGGUUUUUGUUGAAAA